AGGGAAAGCGGAGGAGGCAGGUUGUGUCAGACUUGUUCCCUGGUGCUGAGUGUCCUGCUGUGUCCUGUGUCCUGCUGUGUCCUGUCGGUGAAUAUUGGACCGGUUUUAUGAAUCAUGAAGAAGAACUAGAUGGUGAACGAUGAUUGUUUGAACUAUAUAUUAAAUGAGGUGAAAAAUAACAUUAAAUUAAGACAAACACUUUGAAUGUCUCUGAUCAUUUUUAUAAUAAUUCAUUUUUCAAACUGCUGUACAGGUUAUGGCAUUAGAAAUAAACAGCUAUAAACUGCACUGUAAUCGUUUGAAAUAUAUACUAAAUAAGGUGAAAAGUAUUAUAUAUUGAGACCAACAAAAUUUUUGAAAAUCGCUACAUAGGAUCAUUUAAUACAAUAAGUGUUAAAUAGAGGUAUAACACUGUAUGUACCGUGUUUAAAAGUGUGGUUAUUACACCCAGAGUACACACAUCAUCGUCCUCAACCAUUUGUUUCAAGGACUCUUAUCUCAGGCUGAGAAAGUGAUAUAUGAUCAGGCUGGACACAUAAGCACUGCCAGACAUACCAUUAUCCCCGCCUAAUAUGAGUGCGGUUAAUCAAGAUCUCCACUUUAAGGGACCGAUUACGGUCAAAAUGAAUGGGUUGAGCACGGAGGAAGACUCUGGAUCACAACAUGACCAAGUGUGUUGCUUGGUGGACGCCGGGGAGCGAUGCACACAGUCAGCGGGGAAUGCUGCAUACAACAAGCGGAUACAAAAAACAGUAGCACAGAGAAAACUGAGACUCCACAUGGAUUCAACGUCGAGCCACAACUAUAUCUGUGAACACCAUAAAAGCGUCAUCCAGAGCGUCCGAGUCAAGCGUAAAAGACGAGAGUCGGAAGAAGAUUCUGGUGAAUUUGACGGGGACCAUCCUGAGGUGGAGCUAUACAACUUGCAAGUGAACACAUUGAGAAGAUACAAGAGACAUUACAAGAUACCAACCCGCCCAGGUCUGAAUAAAACACAGUUGGUUGAUAUUCUUAUGAAACAUUUUAAGACUGUACCAGUAGCUGAGAAAGAGUGUCUCACAUACUUCAUCUACAUGAUCAAAGCCAACCGAUCCAAAUUCGACCAGAGGAAUGGAUCUAGUAUUGACAUGUGACCUUUGGUGUCUAAACGAGUGCUCUAAGUAGUAAGAUGGACUGGAGAUUUAUUGGAUCAAUCUAGUCCUUUUGAGAAUUUUUACUGCUUAUUGUGACCUGUUACCACAGAGGAAGGAAUGAGCAAUUAAAAAGUCUUCACCAUGGAUAUAUGGCUUUAAGAAUCGGCGCAGAAACUGCUAUUGUUUUACACUUUGAUUUGGCUUUCUAAUUCUCAUGACAAAUACCUAUUUUUGUAAAUAGAGCUUUAGUGAGCCAUUGUUGGAUGUGUAAAAAUAAUUGUGUGUCUUGUUCAGUUGUGACUGGAGAAGAAAUCUGGUCAUGGGUUCAGUUAUUGGUUACUGAUGGCUGAAUCCAGAAAAUGGUACAAUAUUCAAUAUUGUAAAUUACCCAUAAUCUUUAAUUGUAAUUUUAUCAUUAGAAUCAAAACUGCAACUACUGUAGUAUUCCACACAAGUUUGGGGAAGUAUCCUGGUCAUCGUUUAUGUUUGCUUGUGAUGAAUGUGUGUAUAAGUGCUUGUUGCUCUUCAGUGCCCCAGAUUGAACAGCUGUGUUAUGGUCAGUGUUCACUUGAAUCGUCACCAAUUUUGGAUGGCCGGUGAAAUGUGUUCCUAAUUAUAUUUGCCAAUUUAUUCAAACCUUUUUAACAUUGGAAUUUGACAUUUGUCUCCGUGUUUGUGACUGAACUUUUUAUUUUUUUAAGUGCUCAAAUUUCUGGUGCAGUGUUGCUUCAUAUAGAUUUGUAUGAUACAGAAACAAGGUUUAUAAUUAUGAAAUUAUAUGCCUCAUAGGCUUGUUUGUGUAGAUACUUGGAGAGUAAAACUUCUUUAGUUUGAUGUUCUCUAUUUUAAAUUCCAGACGUAACACUUUUUUAAGUUUUGAAUUAUAUAGCAGUAAUGACUGAACACGAUGAAAAGUUUUCAUAUUUUCAUUAUGCUCUUGAUGCAAAAAACAGCUCUACUGUAUAUAUUGUUGUUAUAAAUAACAUUUGAAUGCUAUUUUAUUUAAACUGUUAUAAUAUUGGUAAUUUUAUGAAUAACUCGACACUUCGGUUACUUCAACUUCCCCUUGACUUGAAGCUUGUUGAAUUAAAGAGGUUUUGCUGUGUUGUUAGUUUAAUGUAGCUAGAGUUUAAUGUCAAGCCAAAACGAGACCCCAAGGAUAUCCUCUCCUAGCUUUUAUACUUUCCCAGUACAGUAUUGUAAAGAUCUUGUGAAGAUUGGCCAAUAUUCAUCUUACAGGAACUCAACCUGAACUUAUAUAUAGCUUAUUUUAGAUAGGCAGUUGUACUAAGUGUGACAGUAGUAGUGUUGGUAAACAGAUAAGUGAUGUGCUGAAUGUUCCUCACACACACACACACUCUCACCUCACAGGUACACACAUGUAUAAUAAGAACAUUAUAAUAACUAUGGAUAUUUGUCAUCCAACUCACAACACAUCCCCUUCCCCACCUUAACAUAGGUUGGCUUGAACUGGUGUUGAUCUGAUUCAUAUCAUUCAGUAGAAUGACAAGUCUACUAAAGGGUUGUUCACCAUAGGCAAGUGUGGCUGAUACAGUAGUGUACUGACAGCACAAAUGUAAGUGUGCAAAGAGGAAAUUUAGUCCUCCACUCUUACUGGGAAUCAACCCAUGACCAUUCACUGUUCCAAUGUGACUUAAACAAUCCUUUCAUUUGUGUUUAAGUGCAGUUGUUCUACUCACUUUAGUACUACUACAACAACUCAUCCAUAAACUUUGGAUAUGCCAAACUAAAAACCUUCCUCUUUCUCCUCCUCUUCAUCUUUUAUUCUUCACACCUUGCAACAUAAUUGUCUGCUGACUUUAAACAACAAACAAACUCCCACCAUCCAUAAGCAAUAUUUUCUAUCAUAGAAGAUGUAAAGCAAGAUGAGUUUGAGUAUAGGUCACAGUGGCAGCUGCCUCUUGGUCUCUGUGAGACUGUUGUCUGGUGCUUCUGUCUCUCAAAACUCUGGUAAUAUCUUUCUGGAAUGUCUUUAUUUUAUUGUGAGUGGAUGUAUUGUUUCUUAAAGAUCCUUUUUACAUUCAUGGCUAACACCUUUUCAGACUACUACCUCAACUUAACAGUACUACAGUUGUCAGCCUUUGACAUUUGGUAUUCUACAACUCGGAAAAUAGAUGGUUGAAGAACUAGACUUGUGUGCUAUUCUCAAGUGGAUUUACCAUUCCAAUUUUAACACCAACAUCAAGCCUUUUCAAUGUUGAUCUUUUUUCUACAGUUUCUCACUUUACCAAUACUUGACCAAGUAGUUUAGUGGCUUGAUUUUCAUUUUUUGAACAGCAUAACAAUAAUGAUUACUCUAGAAAUGUUCUUUAUGGUCUUCCUUGUUAUUAUAUAUGAUUAUUAAACAUCUUGGGGCAGUCUUGUGAGAGUAUCUAACAACAGACAGAUGAGCAUUGAUCCUGUAUCUUGAUCAAAUGGGUUAAGAGCAAAAUAUUUUAUAGAGGUUUGCCAAACUGUGUUACAGUCUUAACUAAUUUUCACUAGCUCUUAAUGUUCAGGACAACUUUCAUUAUUACAAAAUCCUCAGAAAGGCUGUGGGUGAUGUGUUGGUGCACUUCACAUACACACCUGGCUGUAUGAAUUACUUAAAUAACACUGCUUAGUUUAUUAGUAUAUGGCAGUGUGGUCCAUUUGGCUGUUCAUGAAGACCAUAGAUAAUACUCAUUGAUAUAUAUAUAUAUAUACACCUGUGAGAGCAUGUACACUUCAGAGCUGUUGAGAAAAUAUGCUACAGUUAACACAAGAGAUUCAUAUAAGUGCAAUAAAGUCUUAUUCAUCCAUUGAUACUGUAACAGCAAUAUGGUUAAACCAAGUCAAACAGUACCAUUCUAUACUUCUGAUACAUCCUAGAGUCUUAGUUAUCUAAAGUUAGAUAUGGUAAUCCUUGUUUUAUACUCCUGUACAUGUACUUGAUCUUUAAUUUUAAUGAAAAUUGAUAGGGGAAUAUUUAAUACAUGUAUACGAUGUUGAUUAUAUGAAAUGUGGUUUAUCAGAUGUGAUGUUUGUGUGCUGAGAACUGGAUGAUGACUGGGACAGAGGGAGUGAUUGAGGGAUUCAUAGUUGGGACAGUAUUAUUUUAGAUCUCUCGUGUGUGUGUAAGAAAAGUUGGUAUUGUCUAUGGACCAAAAAUCAAGGUCAUCCCAACUCUUCUGUACAUGUAGAUUAUCAGUAUAUGUACAUUGCUAAUUUUUAGUUUGUAGACACAUUUAUUGUUUUCUGUAAACACUUAACACUCAGGUGUGUCCCCCAACCCCUCCUUUGUUUUAGUAAUUUUGGGGUCCCAUAGAUCUGGUCGAGAACAAACCAAUUUACAGCGAGCAAAAAAGUGUAGAAACUUUUACCCAUAGCAUCUGUUCUAAAUGUUGUAGAGAGAUGAGUUUGGUACCAUAAUCAUCUUGAAUGAAUUCUCUACAAAUUUUCUCAAUAAAACAAACCAAAACCUUUUAUUUAGACACAAUGUGAUGAUGGCAACAAAAAACAUUCAUACACUCCUAGCACGAAAAACCCAAGCGGCUAAAGAAAAGUUGAUACACUACAGGUGAACAAAAGUCCUGGGAGUGUUACUGUUACCUGUAGAGACACUUAUUGUUACUUGUGGACACUUAUUGUUAUGUAUUGACACUUAUUGUUACCUGUAGACACACUUAUUGUUACCUGUAGACACACUUAUUGUUACCUGUAGACACACUUAUUGUUACCUGUAGACACACUUAUUGUUACCUGUAGACACACUUAUUGUUACCUGUAGACACAUUUAUUGUUACCUGUAGACACUUAUUGUUACCUGUUGACACUUAUGUUACCUGUAGACACACAUACACACACUAUUACUUGUAGAUACACUUAUACAUGCACACAGCUUCUUGUAAACACUACAUACACACAGCUUCUUGUAGACACAAUAUCACAUGUAUUGUACACACAUGGGAGUGAAAAUUAGUAUCAGGCCAACUUAAGAAUCCCUGAAAUAGUCCCUUAAGAGAAAGAGAACUAUUGAAAUGGUUCAGUGUCUGACAAUACACAGUUAAAAGAUGCCACCACCCAUUGUACAGUCAUGGUCCUAAGUCCUGUCACCUCUCCUGCUGCUCCACAAACUCAAGAGAUUCAGACUUGUAAGCCCAAAGCAGUCGACGCCGAGGCAUUAUUCUGUCUGCGGAUGCUUCACACUCACGAGUCUGAAUCUCGGGGUUUGUGAAGCAGCAGGUGACAGGACCUAUGACCGUGACUCUACAUUGAUGUGCAUUAGCCUGUAAAAAGUACGCUGAAAUUUUUUAUAUAAACCUUUAUAGUUUCAAUUGGAUUUCUAAGUCCCUGUACUUGUGAGUGAUAUUAUAUAUGAUGUUAGAGGAGCUAUUUAGACAUAACUUACAAAAUCUGAGUGUAUUUGGUAUAUGAAGAGCUAUUAAGACAUAUAUGACAGAAUCUACAGUAAAUUAAAUCAUUGGGAGUUAUAUUGUGACUAUCUUAUCCAACAUGUCUUCUGCACUGUAAUAUUAGCUCAAUGUUCUACAAGAUAAAACUUUAAUCAGUGACGAGUUAUGCAUAAUUGUCAUACCUAUUAGAUGAUUUGUAUUUCAGUAAUGAUGCAACAGUAACAAAUCAAAUAACUGCAGAUGUAUUGUAUGUUUACCUCAUGUAAGGUACAAUUUGGCAACAAAUAUCAUUUAUAUGUAAAAAAAAUAUGCUUGUGUUAGGUUAGGUAUUUAUUUUACAUUAAAUAUAUAUAUGUACCAGAGACUAUGUUAAUAAUAGAGUUAAACAUU